GCACUAGGGCCCCUGCGCCGAACGGCAGCUAUGGAGCAGGCACCUCCCGAGCCCGAGCGCCAGCUGCAGCCGGCGCCCACGGAGCCGCUGGGCCACCCCACUGCUGGACUGGAGACGGGGGUCGACGAGGAAGCGGAGGGGCCCCGGGAAGAGGGCCAGGGAGACGCCACGAUGACAGAAAAUAAUUUUUCGUUGAAAAAGAUAGAAAUUAGUGUUUCAGAAGCAGAAAAGCGAACUGGAAGAAAUGCCAUGAAUAUGCAAGAAACAUAUACCGCUUACCUCAUUGAAACAAGGUCAGUUGAAGAUGUUGAUGGUCAGAGUGUCCUAACAGACUCACUUUGGAGGCGGUAUAGUGAAUUUGAGUUGUUGAGAAACUACCUUUUAGUUUACUAUCCACAUAUUGUUGUGCCACCUCUACCAGAAAAAAGGGCAGAAUUUGUUUGGCAUAAACUCUCUGCUGACAAUAUGGACCCAGAUUUUGUGGAAAGACGACGAAUUGGUUUAGAAAACUUUCUCCUAAGAGUUGCUUCACAUCCCAUCCUUUGUAGAGACAAAAUCUUCUAUUUGUUUUUAACACAGGAAGGUAACUGGAAGGAGACUGUGAGUGAAACUGGGUUUCAGCUGAAGGCAGACUCCAGGUUAAAAGCGCUUAAUGCAACAUUCAGAGUGAAAAACCCAGACAAGAGAUUUACCGAACUAAAACACUACAGUGAUGAACUUCAGUCUGUCAUCUCACAUCUUCUUCGAGUCAGAGCUAGAGUAGCAGAUCGUCUCUAUGGUGUAUAUAAAGUACAUGGAAAUUAUGGGCGUGUUUUCAGUGAGUGGAGUGCCAUAGAAAAAGAAAUGGGUGAUGGACUACAGAGUGCUGGCCAUCAUAUGGAUGUGUAUGCAUCAUCUAUUGAUGAUAUUUUGGAAGAUGAAGAGCAUUAUGCAGAUCAGUUAAAGGAAUAUCUUUUUUAUGCAGAGGCACUGCGGGCUGUAUGCAGGAAACAUGAACUUAUGCAGUAUGACUUGGAGAUGGCUGCUCAGGACUUAGCAUCCAAGAAGCAGCAGUGUGAGGAACUGGCAACCGGGACUGUGAGAACAUUUUCUUUGAAGGGAAUGACUACGAAGCUUUUUGGUCAAGAAACUCCAGAGCAGAGAGAAGCCAGAAUAAAGGUGCUGGAAGAACAAAUCAGUGAAGGAGAACAACAGCUGAAGUCUAAAAAUCUGGAAGGCAGAGAAUUUGUGAAAAAUGCUUGGGCUGAUAUUGAACGCUUCAAGGAACAAAAGAACCAUGAUUUAAAGGAGGCCCUCAUAAGCUAUGCAGUCAUGCAGAUCAGUAUGUGCAAAAAGGGAAUACAAGUUUGGACCAAUGCUAAGGAAUGCUUUAGCAAGAUGUAAUCCUGUGAAGUGAAUUUCUCUUCAAUCAAAGUGCCCCAAAACAGAAGCACAAGUAGAAAAAAAAAAAUUAUAAGUUGCUAACCCAGUAAAUACAAAAAUAUUUAAUAAGUUGAAUAAUUCAACUUUCUUUGAUUUGAUUGUAGUUGUGUUAAUAUAGCACAAAAAGGAUGUCUUUCAGUGAAGAUUAAAUAUUAUAAUUUGAGGUUUUGGGGACUGGUGCUGAUUCCAAAAAGUUAAUUUGAUAAUAUAUACCAACAGAUUGUUUGUCAGGCUUCUGAACCAAUGAUUGAAUCUUAAGAUGUAAGAUAAUUUCUCGAUGUUCAUUUCAAUACCAAUUCUUUCAAAAAAUCUGUUUGUGUACAAACUUUUUCCCUAAGAUUGAAGUCCUAUCUUUCCUUGGUAACACCCAUUAAUCUGUUAUAGGGGGUUAUUUUUUCUUGCCUUAUAGUUGAGCUGUUUGGUUUGACAAAGCUCAGCAGAAACUUAGUGUGAAAUCUAAGAUUUUCCCCCACAUUCAUUGAUGCCCCCUGUAACAUUUGCGUAUACUAGAAAAUGCCUUCAAUUUGUGUUUUACCAGAAUUUUGAUACUGGUCGGAAAUUUUAUACUGCCAACAGAGAAGAUGCAACUUCUCAGAUAGAUAGUGGAAUACAUUGCUAUAUGAUCUAGAAAUUGCUAUAUAGGAAGUUUUAAUGUUGAGUAUAUUAUAUAUAAGCAUUAAAUUCUUCUCAGAUAUUUCUUAACCUCAAUGAUGAGCCUAAAUUUAUCUGCUUGGCUCUCCACAUAUGGCAUUUCAGGGUACAAGAUGUAGCAUUUCAGUGUAGGGGAUAUAUGUAGUAAAUGUGUCUUUGUGUUAGUAUCCUCAUUAACAUUUUUCAUUGCUUGGCUGUAAUUUUUGUAAAGAUAAAUUAUAUUGUUUUGUGUGUGUGUGUGUGUGUGUGUGUGUGUUUGUGAUAUAUGUUCAGAAGCCAAGUACCCUCAUUUUGCUAGCUUUGCAGAAUCUAAAAUGUGUACUCAUUAUUACUAAUAGUGUAAAAAAAUUUCCCCAGUCCUGUUUAGCAUUUGACUUUUUUACAUGUUUAAAUGUUGCUGGAUUUUUGUGCUGUUUGCCAAACUUAUAAAAUAAAUUAAAUAUUGUGCUGA